CUUCUCAACUGUAUAUGUUUUUUUAUAGCCAUCUCCGCCCCAUUGUAGUUCUGUUUUACUUCUUCGUCCCUUUGUUGUUCUUCAUCUUCUUCUUUACAGUUCAUAAACCAUGCACACAAAUAGCAAACCCCAAAAUCCGUACAUAUGAUUUCUUUUUCCUAUCCAUUAAAGCGUCGAAUACAACAUACACAAUAGCAUGCAUAUUUCAAAUGGCAGCUUUAAAAGCCAACAGCGUCACAGAUCUUUGAAAAAUAAUUAAUGGUGCUUGGCAAGUUUGGCAAUUGACGGAGGUAGUGCGUUGGCAGCGGCGCCAAGAUUCAUGAAUCAAAGAUGCCAAGGAAGAAGCGUAACUUGAGUGCAUUAUUACAACACCACAUUCAGUUACUGCUGCAUGCUU